CCUCUUGUUUGUUAUACCAGUAGAUGGAGCCUCUUGUUUGUUAUACCAGUAGAUGGAGCCUCUUGUUUGUUAUACUAGUAGAUGGAGCAGCCAUGACAAUCAAAACGAGGUCUAAGAAUGAAGAAUGAGGCAGUUGGUAAGCCAAACCAAUGGUCUGACUUUUCUAGUUCUAGAUACGGAGAAUGGCAGACCUGCAACUUACUAGCAGCUGGAGAUGUAUUUUGAGGGUUUCUGAAUUCUUUCAGUCAUAAAUGGCUUCCACUUUCAUCCCUCUCCUCAACCUCCCCACUCAUACUGCCAUUAAAGCCACUCUAAUCCCUCACUUGUCCGUCCUCAAAUCUCGCCACCGUUCCUCUCUCCCUCUUCUCUCCUCAAAACCCGCAAAAUCCGUCGCCGUUCGCAUGUCCUACAACCCUACUCCCGCCACCGACCGCCUCAUCUCUGCCGUUGCCUAUACUCUCCCCUUCUUCAACUCCCUCCAGUACGGCCGCUUCCUCUUCACCCAGUACCCGGUCCUCGGCCUCGCCUUCGAGCCGAUUCUCCCUAUUCUAGGGCUUUAUCGCUCGAUCCCACACUCGAGCUUCAUCGCCUUCUUUGCGCUCUACUUGGGCGUUGUCCGGAACCCUAACUUCAACCGCUACGUGAGGUUCAAUUCAAUGCAGGCGGUGACUCUGGACGUGCUGCUGGCGGUGCCAUUGUUGAUACAGAGGAUUCUGAGUCCCGGUUCGGGCGGAUUAGGGUUCCAGAUUAUGGUUUGGGGCCAUAAUGGAUUGUUUCUUUUCAGUGUUUUGUGUUUCGUUUACAGUCUCGCUUCUUGCCUUCUGGGUCGGACCCCUCACUUGCCGCUUGUUGCUGAUGCUGCUGGCAGGCAGAUUUAGGCUUAGGUUUGUUCCUCAACCGUUCUUUCUCAUCCUUUCCUCUUUUUAUCACCAUUUUUUCCUCUGAGAAUUUUUGGAUUGAAAAGCUUGUAAUUCUGAAAUUAUUGGAUUAUUCUUUGAAAUUAUUGGAAUUCUGAAACAAUGUUGGUCCAUACACCUUUAGAUGAUGCGUGAGAAAUGAAUUGAGAAGUGUAUUUUA